UGACUACAGCCCAAAGACUGUAGCAGAGUAGUCUCAGUGACCUCCAGCAUCACUGUCCCAACAGGAUGAAAUAUGCACAGUAUGUUUUCCUGGCGUUGCUCUUCUCUGCUGUUGAAUAUAGCCUAGCUCAGACCUGUAUGGUGGAGUCUUUCUCUGUGAAAGACAAUUUUGAUCCAAAGAGGUAUGCAGGGAAAUGGUAUGCCCUAGCCAAGAAGGAUCCAGAAGGUCUUUUCCUUCAGGACAAUAUUUCUGCUGAAUACAGUGUUGAGGAAGAUGGCACAAUGACAGCAUCUUCUAAAGGCCGAGUGAAGCUUUUUGGGUUCUGGGUGAUUUGUGCUGAUAUGGCUGCUCAGUACACAGUACCUGACCCAACCACUCCAGCAAAAAUGUAUAUGACAUACCAGGGUCUGGCUAGCUACCUGUCCAGUGGUGGGGACAAUUACUGGGUGAUUGACACUGACUAUGACAACUAUGCUAUUACCUAUGCCUGCCGUAGUCUGAAAGAGGACGGCUCCUGUGAUGAUGGCUACUCCCUGAUCUUCUCACGCAACCCUCAUGGCCUUCCCCCAGCCAUUCAACGCAUUUUGCGUCAGAAGCAGGAGGAAAUCUGUAUGUCUGGCCAGUUCCAGCCUGUGCUGCAGUCAG